UGUGAGGAUUAAAUGAACUCACGGAUGAAAGUGCUUAGAAGAUACCUGGCACAGAGUUGGUGCCCAGGAAACGUUAGCUGUUGUUUCCACCUAAGCCUGUCUCUGCAUGUGAAUAGCUAAUAAUGGGAGCGUUGUACCUUUAGGAUUCCACCAAGAGACAAGCCCCCUGGCCCCAGAUGCCUCGAAACUGCGAACAAGGUGGUAAGGAAGACGAGACAGCCUGGAGAGCAGAAGCUGUUAAAUCUCAGCAGCGAGAGGCUUCAGGGAAGCUGACGAACAUACCGACUCCCAGGUUCUGUCCCAAGGGUCUGAUGUACCAAAUUGCAGUGGAGCUCAGAAAUCUGUCCUUCUGGUGCCUGGGGUGACUGAUCCAAGUGGUUCUCAGAUACCUUGUAAGGAAAGUAUCCAAAGGAAUUUCUUCUAUAGUCAAGGCCGUUGGAUUAUGCAAAUAGGGUGGGCGCUGCUUCCCCCAGCAGCGGCUGAGAAGCAAGCUCAGCGAUGUCCCAGGUCCUCCGGGAGCUGCUCUGUGUCUCUGAGAAAGCGGCCAACAUCGCCCGCGCCUGCAGGCAGCAGGAGGCCCUCUUCCAGCUGCUCAUCGAAGAGAAGAAAGAGGGAGAGAAGAACAAGAAGUUCGCGGUCGACUUCAAGACACUGGCAGAUGUACUGGUGCAGGAAGUUAUAAAACAGAAUAUGGGAAACAAGUUUCCAGGCUUGGAAAAAAACAUUUUUGGAGAAGAAUCCAAUGAAUUUACUAAUGAUUUGGGGGAAAAGAUUACCAUAAAACCGUGCUCAACGGAGGAAGAAACUACAGAGCUUCUUAGCAAAGUCCUUAGUGGUAACAGGUCAGCGUCUGAAGCAUUGGCCAGGGUUGUUCAUCAGGAUGUUGCCUUCAGGGACCCAGCUCUGGAUUCUGUAGAUGUCAACAUUCCACAGGACAUUCUGGGGAUUUGGGUGGAUCCCAUUGACUCAACCUAUCAGUACAUCAGAGGUUCUGCUGACAUUAAAGCGAACCACGGGAUUUUCCCCUGUGGCCUUCGGUGUGUCACCAUUUUAAUUGGCGUCUAUGACAUACGGUCGGGAAUGCCUGUGAUGGGCGUAAUCAACCAACCUUUUGUGUCACAAGACCUAAACACUCGCAGGUGGAAAGGAGAGUGCUACUGGGGCCUUUCUUACAUGGGGACCAACAUCCAUUCCCUCCAGCUUGCUGUCUCUAAAGUCAGCAGCAGCAGCAGCGACAGCCAGACUGAAAAUGCCAGCUGUGAGGCAGAAUCCCCCCACCCUUUCUCCGCUGUCAUUAGUACAAGUGAAAAGGAGACCAUCAAAACCGCACUGUCGCGAGUGUGUGGGGACAGCAUCUUCCGGGCAGCUGGGGCCGGUUACAAGAGCCUCUGUGUGGUCCAAGGCCUCGUGGACAUUUACAUCUUUUCGGAAGAUACCACCUUCAAGUGGGAUUCCUGCGCUGCGCACGCCAUACUGAGGGCCAUGGGCGGGGGCAUGGUGGACAUGAAGGAAUGUUUAGACAGAGAUGCAGGGGUCGGGCGGUGCUUGCCGGAGCUGCGGUACCACGUGGAAAAUGAGGGGGCCACUGGGGUGGAUCGCUGGGCCAACAAGGGAGGACUGAUCGCGUACAGGUCCAGGAAGCGGCUGGAGACCUUCCUGAGCCGUCUCCUCCAAAAUCUUCCGUCUUUGGAGUCACAGACGUAGAUGAGCUCUGACCGCGACAUACUGUUCCCCAUUAUCUCUGUCUUUUGAAGAAAGUUUUGUCUAUUAAUGGUUAAUAUGCACCUUCCUGGUUGGAGGGGCAUUUUUCCAUGAUGUGCUCAUCAUGUUAAUUUCAGUGACUUAAUGCAUUCAUGCAGCAAUUAAGUUGGUAUAUGAUAUUCUUGGUGCAAAUAUUGUACUGCUAUUAUUGCUUGAAGCACUUAAUAAAAUACUGCAGAGAAAAAUGCUGUUCAGUUAGUAGAACCACUCUAGACAUCUGAGGAAUAUCACUGAAGUGUCAGGGAAAAUUCAGGAGAGGGAUGCUUGGGUUUGUUUCCUGUCUUGACAGGAAAAUCUGUGGCAGCAGUACAGAACAUUCAGAACUUAGAAGCUGCACAAUGUAGCCGAGUUCAAGUCUUUUCAUUCUAUUCUUGUGUUUCUCAUAAGAAGGAAAGCCCGGAGCAUUGCAGGUUCCUCCCACCUUCGCAGAGAUGGAGGAGGUAGAGCUAGGGACAUUCUCAGUGCAAGAGAGGCCCAGAGGUUCCACUUCUGUAGAAGAGAAUGUAAAGUGAUAAAGAGGUUUUUAUCAUUUGCAGUAUUUACUACCAUUGCCAAAAAACAGAGAUCGCUUUAGAGGUGUGCAACCCCUGUGCGUGGCAGCGUCCCAUGUUGCUACUCGGUGACGUGGGCAUGGGCCACUUGCCCUGUGCGCUAGGGCAAUCCUGGUGUGGCAGAAGUGCCAAGGAAAGCUCCACCCCUCAGCUCUGAGGUCUUUCUACCCUACACCCCCUGGGGGUCAAAGGAUGGAUUUUUUUCCCCUCUACAAUUAAAAAGGAAAAUAACCCUCCAUAUUUUUUUUUCUUCUAAUGUCCUUAGAUUAAAAAAAAAAAAUGACAAAUCACACAUUUAUCUUAUAGCAUGUGAUGGUUUGGAAUAUGUACAUUAUGCAAUGGCUAUGUUAUAUUAAUAAACUUUUUCUCGCUUUUUGGUGGUGAGAA